UACUAUUUCAAAUAUAGUUUUCAAAUACUUUUCAUUAUGCUUAGAGAAGAUUCCAAUUCAUAAUGAAAGAACGUCGUGAUAUACAUAGAAGAGGGCACGUUGAAUUCAUAUAUGCAGCUCUUAAAAACAUGAAAGAUUUCGGAGUGCACAAAGACUUGGACACAUAUAAGAAAUUAAUAGAUAUACUGCCUAAAGGCAAAUUUGUAGCAAAAAAUAUUAUUCAAGCGGAGUUUAUGCAUUAUCCAAAACAACAGCAAUGCAUAAUAGAUCUAUUGGAGCAAAUGGAAAAUAAUGGUGUUGUUCCCGAUUUUGAAAUGGAACAAACAUUACUAAACACUUUUGGCAAAAGAGGUUAUCCUUUACGAAAGUUUUGGCGAAUGAUGUACUGGAUGCCCAAAUUCAAAAAUUUGUCACCAUGGCCUUUACCAAAUCCUUUACCAGAUGACAGUUUGGAAUUAGCUAAAAUUGCCAUUAGACGCAUUAUGUCUGUUGAUUUAAAAACAGAAAUAUCUGUGUUACAUACAUCUGAUGUUGAAGAUUCAUUGGAUAAAACUUGGAUAGUUACUGGGCAAAGUCCUGUUCAAAAGACUCUAUUAGAAGAACAUGAUGUUAGCCAGCCAGUGUACAUUGAAGGUGCUUUUACAAUAUGGUUGCGAGGAAUCCGUGUGAAUUACUUUAUAUUAAGAGCAGAACCAAAACCUAAAGUUGAUGUCAAACCAGUGGAUGAGGAUGACGUAAGCAAUUUGGAAAUUCCAUUAUUUUCACCUUCAUCUAAGGGGCAAUUAUCAACAAAAGUAAGAUCUGUACAUGAACAAGAUGAAGGUACGAUUUUGGCAGUUUGUGCAACUGGUAAUUCAAGUAGAGAUUCAUUACUUUCAUGGAUUCGGUUGCUAGAAAAAAAUGGUAAUCCAAAAUUAGCAAAUGUUCCUAUAGUAUUUACUUUGAAGUCUCCAACAGUAGAAGAGGUACCACAGAUAGAAUCUGGAGAAAUUCCAGCGUCUGAUAUGAGUGACAAUAAAUCUGAAAAGUCUCCAUAG